AUUACCAAAAUUGACAUUUGAAUUUAACCUUGCGUACCGUUCGUUGGUAACGAUUACAAUUUUCAUUUGCUCAGUCGAAAUGAAGUCGGAAAGAAGUUUCUCUGCUAUUGUGAUUUUUGCCAUGCUUAAGCUGGCGGCUUCAUACCCGAGUGAGACCACUACUUUCCCAACAACUAUUCCAUACGAUCCUUGCUCUUCGUGUUGGGAUGCCCCAGUACAAUUCACAGAUAUUUGGGCUGGACAAUGUGUACCACGUGGCGAAGACGUCAAUUGCCGAUGUGAAUGCCUGUCGAUUUUCUGUCGGAAUAAUGAAAUUAUUGAUACAACAACAUGUCGGUCAGAUGGCAGUAUUGCUGACUGCAGAUGCAUACCGAUCGAAACCACAACUGCUCCGCCCACAAACGAACCGACCACUAUCCCAACCACUCAUCCAUACGAUCCCUGCUCCCCGUGUCGGGAUUCUCCAGUACAAUUCACGGAUACUUGGGCUGGACAAUGUUUUCCACUCGGCGAUGGCACGAGUUGUCAAUGUGCAUGCGGAUCGAUUUUCUGUCAGGAAAAUGAAGUUAUCGAUACGACAACUUGUCGGGCAGAUGGUAUCCUUGCAGAUUGUCGGUGUAUACCGAUCGGAACAACAACUGUAGAUACUCCAUCCCCAAGCGAACCGAGCUCACCUCCAACGACUAUUACUCCUACAACUAUUCCUUACGAUCCGUGCUCUUCAUGUCGAGAUGCUCCAGUACAAUUCACCGAUAUUUGGGCCGGACAAUGUGUUCCACGUGGCGAAGAUAUCAAUUGUCGUUGUGAAUGCUUGUCGAUUUUCUGUCGGAAUGAUGAAAUUAUUGAUACAACUACAUGUCGGUCAGAUGGCAGCAUUGCUGAUUGCAGAUGCAUACCGAUCGAAACAACUACGGUAGAUGUUUCGUCCCCAAGCGAAGCGACUACUUUCCCAACAACUGAUCCAUAUGAUCCCUGCUCCUCGUGUCGGGAUUCUCCAGUACAAUUCACGGAUAGAUGGGCUGGACAAUGUUUUCCACUCGGUGAUGGGGCGAGUUGCCAAUGUGCAUGCGGAUCGAUUUUCUGUUUGGAGAAUGAAGUAAUCGAUACGACAACUUGUCGGGCAGAUGGUAUCCUAGCAGAUUGUCGGUGCAUACCGAUCGGAACUACAACUAGCAGAACUAAUUAGUGUCUGCCCAUUAUUACGACCAGAUUAUGUUUAGAAAUUUGCCCAAUAAAAUAGAAUUAUAGUGUCGCAUCAAAGAAGUGAAUCUGUCGAAUUUAGAAAAUUAAAUGUGUGAAAUAGGAA